AUGUCUGCAUUCACGGCUUUAAAUGGUGGCUCUCCAAAGACACAUGAUCCUCCACCCGAGAACGCUGCCAAGGCCCUCCUCCCCUCUGAUGAAAGAAACCAGAUUGCGCAUAAAUCCUAUGGUCGCAGGUCCCCUGAGACUGUUUCAAGCCAUAGAGAUGGUUGGCAAGGCCGAAAUUCCGAACGAAAACAACUUCCGUCGGGAGGAUUUCCUGAUGGGGAGAGCUCGCAGAAGCGCAAACGAUCAAGCUCGACUGAGCCGAGAUGUGAGGGUACGUCGACACGGGAACGAACGCCGGAGCCGGCCUUGGCUGGAUCCCAGAAUGACGCCAGAGAGGUGUAUGGGCCUCUUCAACGAGAGAGCAUGCAUUUCGGGGAGGCAACACGAGAAAAGGACAGCGCCUGGCCAACACAAGCACCACCUCGAGUGGAGAGAAACGGCUAUGAAUCACAACAAAGCUCAGCCACCUCUCCCCGCGGGCAGAUUGAGGAGCAGAUUGGCGAUGCCAUCCAGAGGGCCGCAGGUCAAGCUAUUCGGAGGGCCGCAGAGCAGGCGGACCACAGCGACUACACAAACAACAGCCCAGAUGCCGAAGAGAGGCCUGGAGCCGCUUUUGGAAGCCCUUAUGGUAGCGAACAAAUACCCGAGUCUAUUCUACAGCACGACCCCAAAAAGAGGAAGCGCAACUUCAGCAACCGCACCAAAACCGGCUGCUUGACUUGCCGUAAACGGAAGAAGAAGUGUGACGAACAAAAGCCUGAAUGCAGCAAUUGUAUCAGGGGAGGGUUCCUCUGUGCUGGAUAUCCUCCACAGCGAGGAGCUGGCUGGCCAAAGCAGGACGCGAAAGCAUCUGCUGUACCGCUCGAGUCCAAAGAUCCAUCAUACGUCCCCCCCGGCGCGUAUGGCAUGCCGCAGCAUGGUGCAUAUGUGCCGACGCCGCCGCCGCCGCCGCCGCCGCCGCCGCCGGUGAAGCGGGAACCCCUACCGCAUUAUCGCGGCCAGGUCCUCCGCAUAGACCCCCCCCAAGGCCGGCCUUUGGCAGUGACGGAGGAUGACCGGCCAACGGUAUCAACCAUUUCGACAAUGACGAGCGCGUCUGCUACAAGCCCGGAGAACAAGUUGUCAGCGAUGGCCUACACGCCCGGCAAUAGUAAUGCCUUUCCCACGCCUGUCAGUGCGAACCCGCAGCCUCCGCCGUUUGGAGAGAGGAUGAGCAAGGAGUAUCAGCGAGUACCUCCCCUGCAUGAUCUCAGCAGAGGAAGCGAGCCAGAGACGCCGCAUUCGAGCAAUCAUCUGCCACAAAUCAACAUCUUGCACCCAACUCGCACCAGCAGUCCAACACCUCCUCAUCCACCGCCACCGCCACCACCGCCACCGCAGCAGCCGCCAGCGUCGUCGUCGUCGUCGUCAAAUGCCCAAGUCGCCGCUCAGUUGGUCCUGUCGCACACGCCGUACCCCCAACGCCGGACGCAAAAGGAGGAAAUGCUAUCUGGACGACACUUUUAUCCCUUUGACAAGGAGCUGUGCCUGGAACGGGAACGAUGUGCGGCAGCGUGCUGGAGGUUUAACAACCUGACGACGCCUCCUACGAACGGAGUAUCUCCGGAAGAACGAGCCCGACUGUUUCUGGAAAUCCUUCAACCGCGAGACCCAGUGCGCAUCUCACCAGCCGAGGCCUCUCCGGUCACCAAUGUCGGCCGCGUCGGCCGUCACGUCGCUGUCGAAACCCCCUUUACCUGCGACUAUGGCUACAACAUCUCGAUUGGUCAUCAUGUUGUCGUUGGACGCAACUGUACCAUCAACGACGUCUGCGAGGUGAGGAUUGGAGACAACUGCGUGAUUGGGCCCAACGUUAGCCUCUUUACGGCCUCGCUUCCCAUUGACCCAAAGAAGCGUCAAGGAGGUCAAAGCCCGCAGUUUGGGAGGGGAAUCACCAUUGAGCAGGACUGUUGGAUCGGUGGAGGCGCCAUGAUUCUUCCGGGUCGCACCAUCGGCAAGGGGAGCACGGUAGGUGCUGGAUCCAUCGUUACCAAGGAUGUUCCACCCUUUACCGUUGUGGCAGGCAACCCAGCGCGAGUUCUCCGAGGAAUUGGCAUUGCACCAUGA